GUUGCUGGUUGAACUUAGUGGCAAAGCACCGUAAGCAGUGUCGAUAGUAGAUAAACCGCAAAUAAAUUAACUGACAAAACCACUUUUAUUUGGAAAACAACAGAUAAAGUGGACCCUUAUGCUGAAAGAGUGAUUUAUUUACUUCCGGGGGAGCGUCAUAGGUUUCGAAUAGUUUAGUUUCUUGAUUUCAGUCCGCGACCAUAUGUUAACAGUUGAAACUAGUUUGGAACGGCAGCUAACCUGGUUAGCAAUAUAGCCCGAGGAUUGUAGCCGUUGGAAAUCGAUAGUUAACGGUUUCCAUCAGCUCUGUCCACGGAGACUGCAUUCAUGUCGGGCAGGAGCAACGGAGUAGAGUGGGUUGAGACGACCGAAGAGGUUGUUAUCACAGAGGAGUGUGUAUCCCCCCCUGGAAACAACACUCCUGCAGUGAUACCAGUCUUAGAGCCAGCAGAAACGCCAAUCCAGAGGUUACUGGACACGGUGGGACAUGGAGAUAACCCAGAGGCUGAUGAUGGCUUUUAUUGUGAGGAGUGUCUGACUCUGUUCCAGGACCAGAGUGAUCCUGCUAACAUUAAUGGCCCAUCUUUUAUUCUUGACUUUCCAACGAGCACUGGCGUCCCCCAGAGGGCCCUCCUCACUCUUCCCUAUGGCCUGAUGAUAGGCAGAUCCAGUAUCCCCAGUGCAGGCAUUGGGGUCAUAAAUCACGGACCAGUAGUGUCUCCAGGAAUGCAUUUUGGACCAUAUGAAGGAGAGAUGACAACAAGGGAAAAUGCCAUGGAGAGUGAUUUCUCCUGGGAGAUUUGCAAAGGAAAAGAUGAGUAUGAGUACAUUGAUGCCGCAAGAGAUUCGCACUCAAACUGGAUGAGGUAUGUCAAUUGUGCUCGUAACAAAGACGAGACAAAUUUGCUGGCUGUGCAGUACAAAGGCAGCAUCCUGUUUCACUGCAGUCGCACAAUACACCCUGGAGAUGAGCUCCUGGUGUGGCCCAGCAGCAAACUUCUCACCCAUUUUAGUGAAGCUUGGACCCAGGUGUGGUUGAUGAAGCUGAAUGCAGCAGCGAGUAAUACGUCUGCCACAUCUCCAGUCUUCCUGUGCUCCCACUGUCAGCUGUCCUUCACCACAGAGGCCUUCCUACAGCGGCAUACAGAAUACUUCCAUAUACAGCCUAAAACUGACUGUACGUCACCACCUGCUGAGGCAGGUGAACCUGAAAAUCCAGCCUCCGGUGCUGACACGGGUGACUCUGCAGCAUCCCUGGUGGUGUUAUCCGUUGAACCUCUUGAGUCCAACACAUGUGGUGAUUGCGGGAAGGUUUUCAAGCAACUACCUCACCUUAGGAGGCACAAGCUUUGUGUCCACUCGAACAAACGCCCCUACUGCUGCCCAGAGUGCAGGAGGAGUUUUAGCCAGGCGUCGGGCUUAAUCAGACACCAGCUGGUUCACAGAAAGCAGGCUGUGAUAAAGGAGACGGUCACUGUUUCUAAUCAGAGUGAGAAGGAGGAGAGCUUGAGGUCAGAACUUGCAGAUCCAGCUGUAAGCGGUGAAACAGAACAAAUGAAUGUAAGCGAGACACUACACGAAUCUAUGGAUGUAACCGAAACCGAGAAUAUGUCUGCAGGAGAGGCAGAACCUUUCCAAUUCAGUUGUUCAGACUGUGGUAAGAGCUUCACAAAUGAAGCAUUCCUGAAAAAGCAUAAGGUGACUGUGCAUGAAAGGUUGCGUCCGUAUGUCUGCACUGUGUGUCAGAAGUGCUUUGGGCAGUACAGCGACCUGACCAGGCACCUGCAGCGUCACGAAAAGCAAAGCAAAACGGGAGAAAAUGUAAUCCAGGGCCCAGAGGAAUCUACCUCCAUGCCCUUUAGCUGUGCUGAGUGUUCACUAGCUUUUUCUUCCGUGGACAGCCUUCAGCAGCACAUAAGUGAGCAUCACUCAGAGGCGACCGCAGUGGAAAAUCAAGACGAUGAUCCAGUGUCUGCGAGUGAUGAUCAGAGCCGUGAUCCAGACUUCAUUCCUCAAGUCUCGUUGGCUCAAACAGUUGAAUCUGUCCAAAAGAGUCCCUCUCAGAGGCCUCAGCGACUUGGAGCUCGAUCUAAAAUCUCUGCCAUAACCAAGCUUAUUGCUCCAAAACGAAGGGCAGCCAUCUGCAAGAAGCCGUUAAACAGCCCUCCUCAGGAUGAUUCAGAGGCACCUGCUGCCAGAAAUGGAAAGUUAGCAAAAUACAAGUGGUUUAGCUGUAAUUGCUGCAAACGAACAUACUCAAACCCAGAGGAGCUCAAAGCACAUAAGUGCACUUUGAGACAGCACAAGUGUGGUCAGUGUGGGGCGACCUUUAGUAAGUCUGGCUUCCUGAAAAGACAUGAACAGAUGGUGCAUGUAAAUGCAAAAUCUUACAGCUGCGAUCGCUGUGGCAAAGUCUUCACAACGUCAGGUAACCUCAAACAGCAUCAGAAGACCAACACUUGCAUGAAGUACCACUGCACGUCUGAGCUUUUCUCGUGCUCGUUCUGUCAGUUCUCCUUCACCAUGAAGAGCUACCUUAUGAAACACAUCAAGAGGCACCAUCCUGUGGAGUUCGUGUCACACUGCGAGUCAGACAGCCUCAUGGAUCAGCUGGAGGAAGAGAAGGGGGAUAAAGAGUGUGUGUGCCCCCAUUGUGGGAAGAGCUGCGAGAGCGCCAAAGCUUUCAAAUCUCACACGUGCUUCCAGCAGGUGAAAGUGCUGUACCUGUGCACAGACUGUGGGAAGGGCUUCACAAACCACUAUGGUCUCAAGCAACAUCAGCGCAUUCACACAGGCGAGAAGCCGUACAGCUGCCCCCACUGCAGCAAAAGCUUCUCCUACACGGGCCAGCUCAACGUGCACCUCAGGACUCACACGGGGGAGAAGCCAUACUUGUGCACGCACUGCGGCGAGAGCUUUCGGCAGUCGGGAGACCUGAAGCGCCACGAGAGAAAGCACACAGGGGUGAGGCCCUAUAGCUGCCCUGAGUGCUGCAAAAGCUUCAGCCGACCGCAGAGCCUCAAAGCUCACCAAAUGCUUCACCUGGGACAGAGAAUGUUUAAAUGCACCCAGUGCGGGAAGAGCUUUUCCCGAAACUAUCAUCUCAGGAGACACCAUCAGAAGAUGCACUUGUAGUAUCACGAGUGCAGAAGAGCACAAACUGUCUCCAGUGUAAAUUGAAUUGCACUAAAUGGUCAAGUACUUCCUGAUUCUGAAGAGUUGGGAGAGAAUUUUUGAAUGUCCUGUACAUAACAUCAUUUUAACUUAAGUUUGUUUAUAGCUGAGGCUUCACAUCUAAAAACAUGUGUUUUGUGUUAUGAAUUUUCAAUGUUUGUUAAUUGUUUGAGAGGUAAAAAUGAAUAUAAAUGUCUUACUCAUUCCAUCUGCAGCUGACAAAAAAAAUGAAAGGUACUCGCCAGUCACAUAAACAAAUGCUUACAGUCUCUUGAUGUUAGUUUGCUUUGAAAUAAAAACGAACUUGACCAUCA